AUGGAAGAAGACUUCUUGAAACUGGAACAAGGUAUAGGAAUUAUUCGGGAAUAUACAAAGAAGUUCAUUGAAUAUUCUCGAUUUCCUAAGCAUUAUAUCUCAUCUGAAUCAAGAAAAGUAGAAAGAUAUAUUUGGGGUUUAAAACCAUCUAUUCAGGAAUUUGUGAUUGCCAUGAAUCCUGCUACAUUUUCUUUGACAGUGGAUGCAGCAGAGGUUACUCAGAGGAAUAAGAAUAUGCAGGAAGAAGGAAAAUUCACUGAAAAGAGAAAAUGGGAAGGACCUUCAAUAGGUUACCGAGGACCGAAAUUUGUGAAAUAUGGUGAUAAACCUAUUCAAAAAUUUAAUGGAAAAGCCUAUCCCCGAUGUUAUCAAAUUUAUGAAGGCGACUGUAAAAUAGAUUUAAGGAAAUGUUAUCAGUGUGGCGAGACAGGCCACUUGUCAAGGAACUGA